UCAGUUGUUGCAGAUACUUCGAAGUGUUAAGAUUAAUUUUAUUUUAAUUUUAAAAGUGAAGAAAAUAUAUAAAUAAAGCGUAAAGUAAAAGUGGAACAAGUGAAAGAAAUUAUAAAAUCGCAGGAUCGCAGUAAAUUUCAAACCGAAUUGUGUUAAAAUAAUAAUAAAAUUUUACUGAAAAAGUUAGCAAAACAAAAAAAAAAAACAAAGAACUUGAUUACUGGACGGUAGAAGAAACCGUGAGAAAUCAAUAAAAAGGAUUUUGCAAAAGCACUGACUGUGCCAAGUGAGUGGCAUUGUGUGAUAAAAUAAAACUUGUUGCUGAAUCUCAUAUCAACUUACUGACAAGAUGACUACAAAAAUGGCGAUUAAUGCGAAGGAAAUAUUCCGCAAUCAACAUCGUUUAAUACGCUUCAUAGAGCAAUCUAUACGUUUGUGUAGUAAUCAAUCAUUGAAAACCGUACAGAAACAUGCCAAACAGCAAGCUGAACCCGACUUUCAGAUCACCACAUCGAUUUCCAGCGAGUACACCACAGCACCAGAACCGAUUAAACAUGAUAAAGAUGUUGGCCAACAAUUUGCUGCGGUUCAGUUGGCAGUACGUUUGGCCGCACCACAUCAAUUACAACCCAAACCGGAUAAUGAUGAUGCUUUGGCUUUUGGCAAAGUAUUCACCGAUCACAUGUUGAAAAUCUACUAUCAUCGGAGUUUAGGUGGCUGGCAAAGACCGGAAAUUACGCCACUCGAAAAUCUCGUUAUGCAUCCCGCGGCCAAAGUAUUACACUACGCUGUUGAGCUCUUCGAAGGUAUGAAAGCCUAUCGCGGUGUUGAUGGUAAAAUUCGAAUUUUCCGCCCCAACAUGAAUAUGAAUCGCAUGAAUCUCGCUGCUAAACGUUCCGGCCUACCCACAUUCGAGGGUGAAGAAUAUAUUAAAUGCCUUUCCCGCCUUAUUUCCAUCGAUUCCGAAUGGGUGCCACAUAGCGAAGCAGCCAGUUUAUAUAUCCGCCCCACAUUGAUCGGUAUCGAUCCAACGCUUGGUGUUGCCUCCUCCGAUUCUGCCCUGCUCUAUACGAUACUUAGUCCAGUUGGUAGUUACUUUAAGGCUGAUAAUGAUGGUGCAGUGUCACUUUUAGCAGAUCCACAGUAUACAAGAGCGUGGCCCGGUGGUGUGGGUAAUCGUAAAAUGGGCUCCAACUAUGCACCCACAAUCAAUGUACAAAAAGAGGCUGCCCAAAAGGGUCUACAACAAGUAUUGUGGUUAUAUGGUGAAGAUCAUCAACUAACAGAAGUGGGCACAAUGAAUAUAUUCAUGUUUUAUGCCCAAGAAAAUGGAGAUAAAGUACUAGUCACACCUCCACUUAAUGGUCUUAUCCUGCCCGGCAUUACCAGAGACUCAAUACUCGCGUUAACCAAACAAUGGGGUAAAUUUGAAGUGCGCGAAGAAGUGAUUACCAUGCCACAAGUCAGUCAACUACUCAACGAAGGCAGACUACUGGAACUGUUUGGCACUGGUACCGCCUGUGUGGUUAGCCCGAUCAAUCGCAUCAACUAUAUGGGCACAAAUCUCUACAUUCCCACCAUGGAGCAAGAGAAGCCCAUACAUGAGACGAUACGGGAGACAUUAACCGGCAUACAGUAUGGCAAAAUAGAGCAUCCGUGGGCGGUGACAAUUGACUAACUACACACGUGCGAAAGCUUUCAAUACACCGUGUUGAUAGUUUUUCCGUGCAUUGCAGUAUAUUAAUAGUUUUUAGUUUCCAUUUUUUUUUUUUUUUUUUUUGGAGAGAAAUAGCUUUACUAUAUAACUACACGCUAUUAGUUUAAAUAUAUUUUCGAAACUUAUGGUCGGUACUAAAGCGGUUCUAAUGGGUAUCAUAACUACUAUAUAACUGUAUACAUAUAGUAUACAAGUUGCAGGUGUACUUUAUUUUUGGGAAGUGGCAAAAUUGUAUUUUUAAAAAGUUUUCUUAUGAAGAGCUACCUUUGUUUUUGGACUUUUGUUUUGAGUGCACCUUGUGCGCGUUAAUUGUAUAUCGGUACUAUUAGCAUAAGCCUUUAUAAGGUAGAAAGCGAUAUUGGAAACGCUAAUUAUUAAGCAAGUCCUUUAUUCAUUUAAAGACUUAAUAUUUACGUAUUAAUUUGAUAAGUUUCUAAAAUUAUUUAUUUAUAGUUUUUUUUUUUUUUUAGGGUAAGGAGAUUUUACUAAGUAUGUGAAAUGCUAUAAACUAAGUGCGUAGAGAAAAUUGUAG